UCGGAUCGCCGAGCCAUUGGCUGUGAUCGGUUGGAGCUGCUUCCGCAUGUAGCGGCUUCCCAUGGUCAUUGUUGCCCUCCUGACUUCUGCCACGAAAUCAGUCCAGUCAGAUAUUUCGUGACUCAUCCAUCCUCUCUCUUCGUCCAGUCUCCCGAACCUUCCCCUCGCGCGAUCCCGACCGUGGCGCCGCCGCUCCCAACCCCUGCCUCUGGUGCCGCUCUGAGCGGCCGCGCUCCCGAGCGCCGUCCGCACCCCCCACCCCCUCCACACACACACCACCCGCACAGAGGUUGCGAGUCCGACGCUGGUGGCCACGGUGCCGCAGCUCCGCCCUCACCGGCUCAGAUUCGCCAGGUGCUCCGCCUGUCCCUGCGCCGCGCACUCCACCCCUGCCUCUUCCUUGCUCUGACGUCCCAACACUGUGAUGCGCUACCUCGGAGCCCCAGCGCAAGCAGACCCUAGCGGAGCAGCCCGGGCGCCGGUGUCUCCCUUGGUCCCACUUCCGUGUCCGUGUCGAGUCGGCGAUGCCCCGCCAGUGCCUUUAGGCCGUGCGAACGUCCUCCAGGUUCCAGCAUCCAGCCAAGCUCUGCCAGCCGCCGGGAUUCCUGGGCACCUCUGUCGUGUACACUCAUAUGCUUCAGAUGCCGGCUGCAAUUUGUGAUUCACCAUAUUAAAUGGGGCUUAUGCCGCAUCUGUUGCCACGGAGUCCGCUGCCUAAACUGAAGGGGAGUUGCCUAUCUAAACUCAAUGGUACAAAUAUUAUUGUUCAACUAUUCACAGGCAUCGUCUAUUCUACUUACAGACUCAUUUCUCGAAUCAGAGCAUCCAGAAAUUUAAACCAACAUAUCAAGUAAUGCAGUACACAUGCCUGAGAAUCUGCAGUUGACAGCCAAACAGCUGAGUAUGCCUCUUCAAUUAAUCUGAAGGUGCCUCAGGUGGCAUAAUGACCUGUAAAUCUGGAGCUGCUCCUUGAUGAAAAGUGUGACAGCAAGGUGCCACCAUCAAAUCAUCUCUGCAAGAUAUCAUUUCAAGAAUAGUCUGUUCACGUGUGAAACAUUAGGUUCAGGGGCAUACAGGUCAAUUGACAUUCAGGAUCUCCAGACAGUUGUUUUUUAGAGAAGUGUGUCUAGAAAAGUUAUUCCAAACAGGGUCUACCCAUAUUCCUCCCUAUCCGCCGCCAUGAACCCUGCCAACAGCGAGGCAGCCGCUGCCGGGAAGGCACGACACAAGGACAAGAAGCAGAAAAGGAAGAAGCGCAUGGAUGCCAUUAAGGAUGACUGCAGCGCUGCAGCAGCUGAGGAAGGCACACCCCACAAGAAGAAGAAGCAGAGGAAGGAUGGAGGUGAGUGGGUGGAGAAGCCGAAGAGGCUGAAGCCGACUGUGAGCAUCGCUGUUGCCGGCUCCAUCAUCGACAACGCCCAAUCCCUCGAGCUUGCCACCAUGCUAGCUGGCCAGAUUGCCCGCGCCGCAACCGUCUUCCGCAUAGAUGAGGUUGUCGUCUUUGACAGCACUCUCGCUUCAGAGAAUCGCGGCACGGGUGAUCGUGAAGAGAGCGGCGCACGUUUCCUUGUUCGGAUAUUGGAGUAUCUGGAGACACCGCAGUACCUACGCCGGCGCCUUUUCCCAAUGCACAAGAACCUGAAGUUUGCGGGAUUGCUUCCUCCACUCGAUGCGCCACACCAUGUGCGCAAGCACGAAUGGUCCAAGUUUCGUGAAGGUGUAACAUUGGAGGGUGAUCGCUCAAAGGGGACCCUUGUUGAUGUGGGAUUAAGCAAGAAUGUUCUAGUUGAGCAAAUACUGGAACCAGGGAAGAGAGUAACUGUAGCAAUGGGAACCAAUCGUGACCUAACAACAGCUUGCGUAAGGAAAGUUGUUCCCCCCUCCACCCCCAGGGAAGAGAUGGGAUCUUAUUGGGGCUAUAAAGUGCGUUAUGCUUCAAGUUUAAGUGGUGUUUUCAAAAAUUCCCCAUACAAGGAAGAAUAUGACCAUGUCAUUGGCACUUCAGAGCAUGGACAAAUAAUUAAUUCUUCGGAGCUAACCUUACCUUCUUUUAGGCAUCUUCUGAUUGCAUUUGGUGGACUUGCUGGUUUGGAAGAAAGCAUUGAAGAAGAUACAAAUCUGAAAGGUAAACAUGCGAAUGAUGUAUUCACAUCUUAUUUGAAUACGCGCCCCAACCAAGGAAGCAGAACAAUAAGAACAGAGGAGGCCAUUCUCAUUUCCCUCCAAUACUUCCAAGAUCCCAUCAGACGAGUAGAGCAGCAAUUGUAGGUUGUGAUACAGACGCAUGCAAAUCUAUUCUUGGGCAACAAAAGUGAAGCUGCUUGCUAUAGAGCUUCAGUGGUGGCAUUGGAGUUUGCUCACAGAAAUUUUUGGCCUGUUGCCUAUGUGUCAGUGAAUUUUAGUCAAGAGGUUGCUGUUGUGAACAUCUUAGUGCACUUACUGAAGCGGUGAAAAUUUGUUGUGGAACUGAUUUCACCGAAAGGGCUUCGGUGUUUGGUGGCCAUCUCAAUGUAUCCAGUGGUUGGCCAUGGGACAUGUAUCGUUGGGUAUCGUUGUUUCAUGACCCCAUAUAGCAACAAUGGACAGUUAACGCCGAAGGUCAUGUCUUGGUAAAGAUAAGACUUUUUUCUGUUUUCCCUCAUUUCA